CUUUUGUGCAAAACGUCACUCUUUGCCUGUGCUUUGCUUUUGCAUAGUAACGGACAUCUCGGUAGCCCUGAUUGAAACGCUUGGUGUGAAUGAGAGCUAUCAUCAAUGGACAGAGAGAGAGCCAGAGUGGAGUUUCCAGCGCUAGAUCCACAGGAAUCAGAUACGGAGACUAAGCCAGAGGAGCCACACUGGGUAGCAGAGCUGUUCCGUCCUCACUUCACGGUGCUUGACCUGCUCGAGGGCAGCGAUGGAAGACCCAGGCUGCAGGAACCCAGCUCCCCCCUGCAGGUGGCUUCAGAGAAGGAGAACGAGGAGAGGAGCCGCAGGGUGCAGGAGAUCUACAGGUCUGCCCUGCGGGAGGUGCAGCUGAGAGAGAGUGUACAGAGGAGGGAGAGGCUAUCAAAAAUGACGGUCAGGGAGGGGGAAUCGGAGGAAACGGACCCCAAACGUGCAGGCCACAAAGGCAUGGUUCCCGGCCAGUCUGAGGAUGAGGAGGGGGGAAAGGAGGAGGAAGAGGAGGGGGAGAGGUGCAUCUGGAACGAGCGGGACCUCUCGGCGCUGCGCAGGGCCGUGCGGGAGGUGGAGCUGGACCGCCGGCGGCUGAGGGCGGAGCUGAGGCUGGCGCGGGCGGAGGCUGGGGAGCAGCGGGAGGAGCGGCGGCGGCUGCAGGGGCUGCUGGACGAGCGGGAGGAGCAGCUGGGCCGGGCAAAGCGGGCGGCGGCACAGUGCAAGCUCCGUCUGGACGCGCUGAGGGCCGAGGCCCGCGGGAGAGAGGCACGGCUGGAGCGGCAGGCGGCCGAGGCCAGGGACAGGGCCCAGGAAGCCCAGCGUGCCGCCGCGGGGACGAGGAAGGCCGAGGAAGAGGCGUGGGAGGCCAGGAGAGAGAACGCCGGCCUGGUCCGGGAGCUGGAGAGGCUGAGGGGCCAGCGGGAGGAGGAGGACCGGAGGCAGGCCGAGGUGGCCCGGGUGGAGCGCGAGGCGGCCCUGCAGGGGCUGCAGAGGGAGCUGCAGGCGGUCCGCGCAGAGCUGGAGGCUGAGAGGCAGAGCCACGCCCGCAGCCAUACCGCACUGGAGCUCCUGCGCAGGCAUUUCACUGGACACCCUCCACGGGAGACCAGGGAGAGCAGUGCCGACAGGAUCUCAUACAUUUAGGCCUGUAUUCAAUCAAACUGUGUCUUUAAUGGUACUGUACAUAUUUUAUCUGCACAAAAGCAUGUUUGCCAAGGUAAUUUUGGUGAUGGCUGAACUGUCCAACCUGUAUCAGUGAAGAUAAAGGCUAGCACAAGCUACUAGUUGUAAUUAGUGAAAGUCAUUCCUCUACUCAGAUCAGCACUCCCGCUCCAAUAGCACUGUGGGGUCUGUGGGGUGCUGUAGUCACUAGGCUUGUUGGACAGUUCAUCAGAGUGCAAACCCUUCAGCAGCAGUGCUCAUUGCAUACAGUGGUAAAUUGAAUGAAGCACAAUUUAUGAUUACAAAUUCUGAGGGGGGAAAAUAUCAUGAAAACCAAUAGCAGGAAAGGAUCUUGUUAAUAAGGUACAGCAUGUGAUCAUGGGGAAGUUUGUAGGAAAUAAGUUUCUGUUAAAGCAGAUGUCCUUUAUUCAUGAAAGAAAAGGUGACACAAUCUGGUAUGCAAGGAAUUUUUAAUUUUUAGUUUUUCAUUGAUUUUUUUUUGUUUUAAAUAUGCCAACACCUUUUAAAAUAAAACAUAUGUACACAUUUACGGUUCUCCACCCACACAGAUAAUUCUUUGGAAGCAGGAAAAAAACAGGAAAAUGGAGUGAUAAAAAUAACAGAUCAACCCAAUCACAAGUACAAAAAAAGAUAAAAUGCGUUUCAAACUCUCAUGUGAAAUCAGCCAAGCCACCUACAUCACAUUUUGACAUGCAUCAAUAUGAAGCCUCUGUUGCUACCCCAGUGCUGUGGAUUCUGUUAAAUACUCAUGGGCAUAUCCACAAAGCUCUCAACGACCACGUCUUUCCUGAUGUGUCCAAUUAUACACAUUCAGCUGCAAUGCCAACAUAUUAAAAAAACCGUUCAACUUAAGAUUUUUAACAACAACAAAAAAAAAAGAAUAGUAUGGUUAACUACCCUUCACUCUUGUCAUUCAUUUCAAAUAAUCGCCCGUUCCAACCAGAGCGAUGUUCAGAGAGUGGUUUGCUUUUUUGUGUGAAGAAAGGAAGCUAGGCAACCACCGUAAUGUACCGCCAAACACAUGGGAAAGAGGCCGAUGAAGCAGCCGCAGCGGCAGCCAGCAGUGCCUGUUCAGGCCUGGAGCCUGCUGAGGCACUGACCAAGCUAAUGUCACGCUGCACAGCCAGCCCAAUAUAAAACAUAUACUUUAAAACCUCUUAAAAAUAUAUAUAUAUUAAAAUAAAAUAAAAACAUUGAGCAUAUAAGGGGUCCAAAUCGUCAAUAUACCACAUAUCAUCGCACAAACGUGAUCCCAUGAAACACAUUUUGUACUCACCCAAACAAAAUUUUAAAUUUUGGUGCCCUAGAUCUACGGAUUUUCAAGCUUACAUUUUUAAAAUUUAUUUUGCACCCAAUAUGUUCUGGAACUCACUUAUUCAGAUGUAUUCUCAAGUGCUACACUCGAGGAUAUCCCAUCAGUUCUCUGUCCAAGGAUGUCAAUCCAUACCCUGAUCAGCCAAGCUCGUUCAAGACCCUUCCUCCAUCGGACUCAUCAGGUCUGUUCUAAACGGUCCGUCAUCAGGCCACUGACGAUCAUCCAAGGGUCAGGUUACAUUUGGGGUCAGGGAUAACAUUUUUUUUCUGCUUCCCAUUUUGGUAUCACUGGUAAAAAUGACGUUUUAACGUUGAAUGAAACUGAUUUGUAAAACGAUGCGCAUCUUUUCGACAUAAAGUAAAUUUUGUAAA